AUGGCUUACGUCGCCAUAAACGAAGAUGAAACAUCCACGAGUCCGCCAGUGCCAUCGAUGUUUGCCGCGCCCGAUCCCGAUAUCAAUCAAUCUCCAUUCGAUUAUGACGAAACAAUAAAACCGAUUGUAUCGUUUGGUAUGAUCACUGACAUUCAGUAUGCAGAUAACGAUGAUCGCUGGAAUUACACGAAAACACACAUGCGACGGUAUCGAAAUGCACUGAAAUUAACCGACGAAGCGUGUCAACAUUGGUUAAGUGCAACAAAGCCAAUCUCGUUUAUUCUUCAACUCGGUGACAUUAUUGAUGGAAUUAGUUUUACAAAUAAAACUUCGAGCAAAGAUCUAAACGAUGUGUUAGAAACAUUUCGCAAACAUUUUCCAUCAUUACCCAUUUACCAUAUUUGGGGCAAUCAUGAAUUGUAUAAUUUCUCACGAACAGAUCUAUUGAAUGGACCGUUAUGUUCAUUUGACACGAAAAUAACUUCACCAGGACACUAUGGAACCAUUGAAGUAUGUCCGCAACUUCGAAUUCUUGCACUUGAUACCUAUGAAUUCAGUGCAUUAGGGAUUGAAGAAGAUAGUAAAGUCUAUACUCAAGCCAUUGAAUUGAUCAGAAAGUACAAUCAAAAUGAAAGUUGCAAUGAUCCGACGGGCUUACGCGGACAUCAACGAAGAUUUGUUCAAUUUAACGGUGGGAUAUCAUCAAAACAAAUAGAAUGGUUAAAAGAACAGUUAACCGAUGCUAAAGAAAAACAGCAGAAAAUCAUUGUCAUAGGACACAUCCCAAUUCAUCCGAGUGCAUGCGAUCCUCUGGAUCUUCUAUGGAAUUACAAAGAAGUAUUAGAUCUCCUCUGGACAUUUGAAGGUACCAUUCUCGCUUACAUAUGCGGUCACGAUCAUGACGGUGGUUACUUUCGUGACCGAAAAAACAUUCAUCAUUUAACCCUGCAUGCUGUUAUCGAAUGUGAACCAAACACGAAUUCAUUCGCAACAGUUCACGUUUACAAAGACUUCAUUUUAAUCGAAGGUGUCGGCCGUAUUGGUACCUACCAGAUUGAUUGUCAGUUAUAG